GCAUCUACCUUCAGUACCUUGACUCUGGUGAGAGCGCAUCAGCAGCAGCAGCAGCAGCAUCAGUUUGCAACUUUUAGCAAAAUUCUGUGAGAUCUGACAAUCUAAAGCUCGCAGUGAGUUCUUUCCAUCUCCAGACAAUGCCGUCCGAUAUGUUGUUGCAUACCGCCAAUUUCAGCACACUGUUUGUGUGCAUGGUGCUGAAGUUCCCGCAGAUUUUUGUACUGAUGCGAGCCAAAUCAACGGCUGGAGUCAGCCUCAACAGUCUUCUCCUAGAGUUGAUCGGGUAUAUUGUUUUUGUAACGUACCAGAUGUACUAUGACUACCCACCUCCAACAUACCUGGAAUAUCCAAUCCUUAUUGCUCAAGAUGCCAUUCUUCUGCUCCUGAUCCUUCACUACGACGGCAGCCUGCGGCACAUCCUCAUCUACACCUUGCUGUUUGUUGGGGGUUGGAGGCUCCUCACUGUGGAGAAGUGGAUCAUAGAUUUGGCUAUGAGCCUGUGCACAUUCAUCAGUGCAGCCAGUAAAUUAGCCCAACUGCAAUGCCUGUGGAGGUCUAAAGAUGCUGGACAGGUUAGCGCCCUCUCCUGGGCUAUGGCUACCUACACAUGUAUGGCACGGAUUUACACCACCACUGUGACAACUGGAGACAUGCAGGUUCUGGUGCGGUUCAUCGCCAUGACUUUGCUCAACAUGUGGGUGCUGCUCACUGUGCUCUACUACCAGAGACACAGCGGCAGGUCCAAGAAAGAGGACUAAGCUUUAAGAGUUGGAUCCUGAGACUGGCUGUCCUGUAAACCUGCAGUUCACUCCCAUGUCACCCAGCUCUGUUCACAACCAUGACUAAAAAGAAAACUGUCAUGUAAGCAGCUUUUGUAAUACUGACCCGUAAAAUGUGUUUUUUGUAUCAUUACCACCAUAUUGAACCCAGAUAUUUUUCUUUAACAUUCCAAUGCUUUUUCACACUGUAUGUGACCAAAUGCAUUGUUACUUGAUAGAGCAGCACAAACAAUAUCUGAGAUCUUACAACUCAGAAUGAGAAAUACUGUAUUUUGAAAGCGUUUAUAAGUCCUUAUCUGAACUAUUUUAAUAAAGCGAACAUUCUAUCUUCUUA